AUGGGUAUUAAAGAUAGAGUUAAAAGAGUUUCCAAGAUUUUCAGUUCUGACGAAGCUGCUAAGAUUCAAGCAACUAAGACUGAAGAAACUACUGAAGCUGAUGCUACUAAGACUGAAGAUGCAGUUGAAGGUGAAGCUCCAAAAGUAGAAGAAACUGCUGAAGCUGAUGCUGCUGAAGUUGAAGAAGCUCCAAAGGAAGAAGCUCCAAAGGAAGAAGAAACUGAAGCUGCUGCUGAAACUGAAACUGCAGAAGCUACUGAAGCUACUGAAGGUGAAGCUAAGACUGAAGAAGUUAAAGAUGAAUCUGAAGUUGAUAAAUUAGUUGAAAAGGCUAAAGAUGAAGUUAAAGAUGUUUCUAAUAAAGUUGAAAAGGCUAAAAAGAAUGAUUUCUUUAAGAGAUUAGUUUCUAAAUUUAAGAAACCAACUUCUGCUACUGCCACUAAGAAUUAG